AUGGACAUUUUCUCGUUGGCCGUAACCGAGAAACAAGUUCUUACUGCAGGAGGUUCUUCAGAUAUUAAGGUUCACUCCACCGCCGACGCCGACUUUCCGCUAGUCCAAUCCAUUGACAACGCGCACAACGUUGGCUGUCACCACAUCGUGACUGAUGGGAGGGGUUCUCGAGCCAUCACCUCAGGUUUUGAUGGAAAGAUCAAGGUCUGGGUCUGUCAGGAUGGGUAUUGGGCUGCAGAGCAGAAACUGACUGCCGACCUGGAGGCUGCAAAGGCCUGGGCUAUUGCUCUAUCCGAGGACGGCCAAUAUCUCGCCGGUGUUAACCAAGAAGGUCGAAUUAAGGUUUGGGACCUUGCUGCCGAUGCUACUCAGAUCCGGGAUCACGAGACAAAGGGAAGCUACGGCACCUGCAUUGACUUGUCUGCUGAUGGUCGCUUCAUUGCCACUGGUCACGCCGACGGCUCUGUGUAUAUUUUCACCACCGAGACCGGCCGCAUGCCCUUCUCUCUCGCAGGGUUGGUCAAGAAUGUUCGCACUGUUGCUUUCUCGCCUGCGGGAAAGAUCCUCGCAGCUGCUGGCGACACUCGAGUGAUUGUGCUGUACGACACUGCCUCCGGUGAGCAAAUUGCAAGUUUUACCGGGCAUACCGCCUGGAUCAUGUCUCUUUCAUGGAGCAGUACCGGGGAAUAUCUUCUAAGCAGCGGUUUUGAUGGCAAGAUCAAGGUUUGGUCUAUGCAAACCAAGACUUGUGUAGCUACUCUCUCUGAGACUGACAAGGCUGUUUGGAGUGCCAAGUGGCUUCCCAAAAUUGGGAAGACUGAAGCGUUUGCGACUGCGGGUGAGAACUGCAGCAUUGCAUUCUACCGUGAGGCCACUGGGUAA